AUGGCAUCAACAAAAAAAAGUCUUGAAACUGCUCAAACAUUUAAAAUUCUUAUUAUUGGAGAUUCCGGUGUUGGAAAAAGUUCAUUAAUGGUUCGUUUUGUUGAUGAUAUUUUUACAGCUGCUUAUAUUACAACAAUUGGUGUAGAUUUUAAAAUGAGCACAAUUAAUGUUGAUGGACAUGAAUGUCGAAUACAAAUAUGGGAUACAGCUGGUCAAGAACGUUUUCGUGUUAUUACUAGUACAUAUUAUCGAGGUGCUGAUGGUGUAAUUAUUGUUUAUGAUGUAACAAAUGGUGAAAGUUUUGCUAAUCUAAAAGAUUGGAUCACUGAAAUGGAACGUCAUUGUGAUCAGACUGUCCCAAAAAUUCUUGUUGGUAAUAAAGAUGAUGAUGAUAAUGAAAUGGGCAAAGUUGUUCUAACUUCUGAUGCACGUGCAUAUGCUGAACAAAAAAAUUUACCAUUUUUUGAAACAUCAGCAAAAGAUAAUAAGAAUAUAAGUCUAGCAUUCAAUGAAAUAACUCGACUUGCACUUAAACGACGUCUCAGUCAACCUAAUAAUGCACAAUCGGCUACCGGUGGUAAACCCAUUGGACUAAAACGACCAAAUAUUGGUGUUGUACAAAAGAAAUGUUGUACAUGA